GAAACUUUGGCCAGAGACCACAGUAUAUGUCGUCAUCUGGGUGGCUGUCAGUCAGGACCCUUCACUGCUAGUUUGAUGCCCUCUAAGGUGUUUAUCAGAUGCUGGGAGUGGUAGUGAAGUGAGCUCAUGAUGCAGAAUGGAUACGGAUGGGCAACAGAAAGGCAUAAAUGACCAAGUAGGCCAUACACUCACAGAUCAACCUUUGCCCCAAUUCACCUCUGCUGAUCAAGAUGCCACUGAUUCACCUUCAUUUACCAAGCAAAGCUUUGCAGAAAACAAUGAAUUUCGACUCAGUCCCAUUCACUUCGAAGAUAAAGAAGGAGAGAUUAACGGAGAACCUCGUAUAAAUAAGGCAUGGAAGGUUGAACAACUGAAAGACAGAGCCAAAAAUGGAGAUGACACACAGAAGGCACCAGCACCAGAGGAUGAGGUGGAAGAAGAGGGGGAUUUUGAAGCGGCAUCUGAGAUAUCUUUCUUAAAAGAUACAGCUCUCACAUCCUCACCAUCACGAAGCUUUAAAAGCUCCUAUGCAAAAUCUUUGGCCGAUUCUUAUAGACGCGCAAGUUUGCCGGUUUUCAUUUCUGCACCGAAAGGACAGUUUUACUUUAAAAAUGAAGAAUUCCUUAGUUUAAAUUCCAGUCAAGUAAAACGGUCAACUCUUAAUCAAGAUAAAUUUUUGAGUCUAAAUUCAAGUGCCAAUAAGACUGUACCUCCUCCCACCCCUGAGUCAGCAUCACUUCCCACCACACUAGACAUUGUACCGGAAGCACAGGACCAACAGGCAGGGCUGGGAAAAUCUGACCUGAAUGUUGUUCCUGCGGACAUAUAUCAGCAGCUGUUAGUGAACGGGGAUAUUUUUGUCCCAUAUGAGCGACUCCAUAGUUUGUGUGAAGGUGGAAGUUUCUCUCUCCAGGACUGGCACAAGUCUGUCUCUACUAAUGAUGGCAGGAAACUCAUCAAUCUUUCAGAGCUGAGAGGAAAGUGGAAUAAGAAGCAGGAUGUAUUGUCUCUGAAUGGUCAUGGGACACAACUUGGUCCAGAUAAAGAUGCUCCGGUUGAGAGCUCGUUCAUGGAGCAUGAACAGCUUAAGGGUCGUAUUGAACAGCUAUGUGAGGUGUUAGCCGACCGAGAUACCACCAUACAGCGCCUGGAGGAGGACCUACUGCGUAUCAGAAUGGAGUGUCAACGGCUAAUAGUUGAUAACCGAAGUUUGAAAAGCAAUAUAAGUCACUCAGGAGCACAGUCUGCUGGAAGUGACUCUGCACCAGAGGUGUCUAAGUUACAGCAGCAGGUGCAGCUACUGACGGCACAGCUCAAUAAGGCUGAACGUAGUCGUCACACAUAUGAGGCUGCAACACGGCAGCUAGUGGACUUCUUACACACAGUUAAUUCUACCUUGAAUAUGACGUCUAAUCAUAGUACAACUACAAGUCCCGCUACAAGCCCCACUACCUCCUUUAACUCCAUCACAAGCCCUGCCCUGUCUCUACACACAAUCACUCCUACGUCACCAGAUGAUGAUGUUGAUGGAGAUCCACCUUAUAGGUUGGCACACCCAAAGUUUCCGUCUCCGGACUUAUUACCAAGCUCUACUUCCCACACUUUUGGACCUAUUAGAAGAAAUUCAGAUGCAGUUCGAAAAUCAGGAAGUGUGUGGGCUCUUCCCACUCAGUCAGGAAAUCCUCGUAGGGUGAGCCGUGCUCUCAGCACCCAUUGUGUGGCAUCUGCAGCAACAGGAACCAGCCAUAAUAAUUCUGUAGCCUCAGCAAGCCAUGAGAGAGGACGUACACUCACCUCUGACUUCUUGGCAUCCCGGGCCAGGGAACUUAUCGCCUCUCUCAAGUCACUAAUGAGGAGUGAUAGUGUAUUGAAGCUCAACUUGGAACCAAAGAAAUCAGUAUCUUCAGUAAAUAAUGGCAGCAGCACCACCAGAAGUACGAAGAGUGAAGGGAACUGUGCUGUCCUUCCACCCGAUACAAAUCAGUUUAAGGCAGUUGCGAGGCAAGCUGUUGCCGAGCACCAAAACAGCGGACACGGAGACGCUAGGCAUCACUACGAGAGAGACAAGGACCAACAUGUUAUGGUACCAAGUGAGAGUGAUGCUAGUCCAGAAGUAAACCAAAAUUUUAGAAGCACAGACACCACCACAGUGGUUCCAAGAAUAGAUGACAGUGCAAUCAGGGAGGAUACAUUACAGACACAGACAUCCAUGCAGAUGAACGGUAACCCACAGCCUCUAAGCUUAAUGGUGGUGGGUGAGUCGUCAUCAACUCUUGAUGAGCGUCACUUCUCUUCCCUCCCAAAUCGGAACCAUGUACCUGUACCAAGAACUCUCAACGACUCUGACCAUCGUCUCGUCUGGGUGUGACCUCGUCACUUGAAAAUGUUUACCGAGUGUCACGACAACCACUUUGGCUUACAGUAUAGGAGACCUUGCACUCAGCUUUGGUGAUGUUCUUUAGUGAAAAUGUUCUUCUUAAAGAAACCUACCCUUCUGCAGAAGCCUUCAGUAAGCAUUCAAACCUAUUUUAGUUAAUUUUUUACAAAGGGUCUUUACCCAUACAUGAUCACACUUGAAUAGUACUGUAGUGGGCACUGUUGCACUGAAGAGCACAUUGUAGACUUCUGAUAUGAUUUAGUAGUGGCAUUAUAGUUGAAAGACCAAAGGAAGUAUCUUUUUGUUUCUUUUUUAUAUGAUGUCCAUGUGGAAUAUAUGUAGUUAAUGACAGCUCUUAUUAGAUUGUACCAGUAUAAGAGUUCACAAAAUAUCUGGUAUAUAACUGGUUAAGGAUGAAUGAUAUGCAGGUUAUUAAAACAAUUGGAAAACUCUUGAUUUUUAGUUUGGUAUCAUUUGUUUUUAGUUGAAAGUUCUUGUACUUGGAUCAGUUAUUCAGUAGCUGUUAUAACAUAUGCAUAUUUUGUUUCAUACAAGAGUGUUACUUCUAGUAAAGAAAGAAACUACAUUCUUCAUGAAGCAAUAAUUAGGAAAUGUUUUGUUCAAGAAUUCUUAGUGGGUUUGUGUAGCAUGAUCUGACUCCUCUUCUUACCUGUGGGUUUUCAGGUAAUGCCAGGGUAAAUUUUCAGGGACCGAUUAAUUAUUGGGUACAGAACCUAACCUAACCUAACCUAAGUUAACCAGACCUGUGGAGUUAGUAUGGUAGACCCCUAUCUGGGUCGGGGGAUUAGUUUUGCCCAAAAUCUAAGAAGAGAUUUACUCAGUUACUCCUUCUGUAGCUUGCAUUCUUUUACUGAACAACAAGUGCCAGAGCAGCUUAUAGGUUCAUCCUAGAGGUUGAUUAUAUAUAAUUGCCAAGAAGUUAAUAUGAUUAACAUUAUUUUCUUUUUUGCUUCUAAAGACUUUCAGGUAUUUUCUUACUUCUUUAACUUCAAAUUUUCUUCUCACUUAUAAAGGAAAUUCUCACUGUACUAGUGUUCAGUUACAGUACUGUGGUAGUACAGUAUUUUGAACUAUUGUGUUUCCUGAACAUGUUUCUUCUUCUUUCAUUGCAUUGUGCAGUGGGAUUGUAUAUUGCUCUGUAGUGAUGCACAGUUUGUACCCUUUGUACUUGUACCCACUUGAGUUUAUAUGGGCCUUAUAUAUUAAUAUACUGUAGGUAACUAGAGAUAUCUUAGGCUCAUCUAGAAUAUAUUACAAUUUCCUAAUAGGAAUUGGUUUAAAUAACAAAAAUUAAGAAAAAAUAUUUAGUUUGAUUUUUUUCUGAUUUGAAGUUAAUUGUGGAACUGCUGAAAUAAUUGCAGUUUCAAGGUAUGGUAAAGUUAAAUGGGAGUAUGUGCUGUAAGUGCCAUACUCAUGUGAACCAGUUCCUGUCUCUACACCAAAGAUCUUCUCAUUGUUGGCAUCUGGUGCAGUUUUCAGCAGUCACCAUGAAAUAGCAAUAAUUUUAAAGUUCUAUUCCAGAAAUGAUAUGGGUGCUACUUAUCAGUCAUGCAGUGGGUAUUUUCAGAAAAUUUUUAUGUAGAUUAAUACUUACCUUUAAAAUGCUGAAGCUACACAUGUGUUUAGGGAGGAAGGUUAACACUGUCAGGGUGUGAUCCAUGCUUAGUUUGAUCAUGUUAUAACACCCACCAGAAAUAUGUUUACUAUAACUACACUUGUUUUGUAUUUUUGUAGAAUAUAUAAAGGUUUACAGAAACCUGAGAGGAGAAGAUUAAGGCAACAAAGAGAAAUACACCUUUAGUUGUUCUUAUCCUCAGCUCUCAUAUGCAUAAACAAAAUGAAUGCUUAACCUUCACAUUGCUUUACAAUGCUUAUUAUAAAAAAACAAGUAGAUUUAGUAAGUGAUGAGAUCACAAGUUUACCAAAAUAUUAUAUAUAAGAAAAUACAGUAUGUGCAGGAUUCACUAUGAUAUGAAUCUUAAUUCCUGUAUUUGUUACAAAAUUCAAAAUAUAACAAAUAAUAUACAAUUACUGCACAAGUAAUGAUCAUUCAGAGAGAGAAGGAGGACUCCCCAAGUCAUGGAUUGGGUGGAUGUUCAAACUUAGAGGCUGGGUCAGCUCUUGACUGCAUCAUGCAGACUAACAAUCAUGUAUGUUGCAUUAUAGCGAGUGUGCUCCCAAUAUCAUAAAUUAUUGCCUUUUAUAUUAUGUGCUGAGCUUUAAGUGGUUUUGUUUUGAGGGUAAUGUUAUGCAGGUAUAUUAUGUGUAAUGAAAUAAUCAUAAUGGCCUGUGUGUGCUGUAACAUGUUGACAGAGGUGCUAAAUAUUGAAAGAUAUGAAGUUGGUGUGUCACUUGGCCCAAUAGGAGAUAUGAAAUUGGUGUACUGUACCAUGCAUGUUACCUAGAAUGGUGAAGAACUGCUUCUAUCCACACUUCUUUCAUCUCAGGUUCGGUGAUUUUCAUAUUCCCAACUUUUUUUUUUCAUCUUCACUGGGGAGUUUAUUUAAAACUACUGGGUAUCAAAUUUGCUUUUUUUUUGGGGUUCAUGAAACUUAUACUGUAUUGUGUUAUAAGGAUGUGCAUUGUGUUGCCCGUCAGUUAAAAUCUGGAUAACCAAUUGUACUAGUAGUGUCUGUUGGUUUGGUUGCCAUUAUCUAGCUCAGUAGACACAGGUAACUUUGAGUUUACAAUGUUGAUCUUGUUUAAGAUCUUCAAUAUAUUUCAAUACUGUAUACCCAAAAAACCUGAGAUGUUGGAGCUGAUUAAAUGUGCUGUUGGGUUCCAUGAAGGGAUUGGGAGAAACAUAUAGACAGCUUGGGGGCCUCGUUGUGGAUCAUAGUGGAAUACAGUACAUCUUUUAUGGCAGCUAGAGGGGAUAAGUUGACUACAAAAGGGAAAAUGUUGGCUUGCAAGAGUGAAAUAAUAUCUAAGGUUAAGAUAUGCAGAACUGUGUAUGAUUUAGUAAGACAGAAUAAUAACAAUCAGUGGAAUAAUUGAAUCUCAUCCAUUGUACUCGUAUAUGGUGAUUCACAAGUCCAGAAUUACAGGAAUUUUUAUUUUUCAAUCUAUGUUAAUUGACCAAACUGUGAGGCUGUGAUGACCACCGACAUCAGUUCUUGAAAGUAAGCGUUGCAGAACAUCUAACUUUGACACUUUGAUUUUCUUUUGGGACACUUAAAUUUAUUGUGCAAUCAGAAAUUAAUAUUUUUAAUUGUGUCAGUUUUAAGAAUCAUUCAUCAAAGCAUUAUUUCAGAAAUUAAUAGUGUUUGAACAGUUAAUGCUGUACAGUACAGUACAGUAUAUUAAAAUUGAAACCGAAAUAUUCCUAUGAUUCUGGACUUUAGAUUCACCCUCUGUAAGUUUGGAUCUUUAUUAUUGUGAUAGUAUGUUUAUUAUUAAUACAUUGUAAAUUAUUUCCGUCCAUAAGCUAAUGUUGACACCGAUGUGAGUUUUACAGAGGAGAGGAAACUCAGGAGCAUCUGGUUAGAAGAACAAAGAUCUGCAGUAUUUAUAGGUACUGUUGAUGUAUUCACUGAGAGUACUGUACAGUUAUCACAAAUCAUGUCAGCCAUGUUUUCAAGUUAUGUCUGUUAAUAGAUAAUGAAUGACAAUGGUUAAAGGCAGAGUGUGUGUUUGCUCUGAUUAGAACCACCUUGUAUCAUAGCUGGAAAAGGCUUGCUAUUGUAGAAAAUAAUAAUGAUUUUUUAUUUGAUAUAUAAAAGUACUACUUUAUUCACCUGCUCAUAAUAUAUUGCAUAUACAAAAGAGAAACAAUAAUGGUUAUAGUUUGAAUGUUUUGGUAAAUUGUUCUGUAUAUUAUGGUGUUAUUGGUGUACCUGUAUAUACAAGACUAUGUACUCUUGCUUAAUACUGUAGUGCCAGUUACUGAUGGUCUCAAGUGUAAUCAGUCAGUGUUAGCAAUAUACAGUGUCACGCAUAUACUGUAUCAAGUAAUGAAGUAAAGUACAGUAUAGCCAAUUCAGUAACACUUAGUCUAAUGCCAUGGAAAAGUAGCAAGACAUAAUCGUAUUAACGACAAUUAAAACGAAUUAAUGAAGCUAUUGAUAAAAAGUGCAGUGUCAACUACAACUUGUCUUGUUCCAGUACUGUACUGUGUACAUGACUCCUACACAAGACCCUGGUUGAUGUCCUAGUUUUGUUGAGUUAACAGGGUUUCCAACCUACUGAGAAAAUUUGGAAAAUGUUUGAAUUUGAGUAAUGUUCCCAGUUGGGGUUCGUGAUUUGUAACACUUAAAAGGAGAGUUGGGGAAAAUAAAUUUUUUAGGCAUUUGUUUAAAGAUGUUGCAGUGAGUGUGUACUGUAUGUGGCUGAUCUAAUAUUAUACAGUACAGUACGAAGAUAAAUUCCUUUUUUAAAUGAUUUCGGGAAUCAUCUGUAGCAUGAUGAGGACUUUGAAGCUCGGCCCCACAUCUUUUUCAGUACAGUAUAUAGGGAUAAAAACUUCGCUGGCUGUAAUGUUUAGACACUGAAAUUGCCUCCAUGUCCUUGAAAAAAACAAAAAUGAAAAGAUAUUGAAUUUGAAAUUACUUAGCAUUUAGGAACCUUAAAAUGAUUUUUCAUUAUUUUUAUAUACAAUAUACUGUAUACUGUUUCUACAGACUACAUAAAUAAAAUUGUAAACUAUAAAAGAUUAAGCAAUUAGAAGAUAAAUUAUAGUUGACAAGUCAUCAACAACUUUUUUACAUUUAUUUUUUUUUACCUUGUGGCAAGUUUUGGUCCAAAGGUGCUGUAUUGUCUUCACCCAUAAUGUGUCUGUAUGUUAACCCAGAACAUGUUUUGUGAAUACUGUCCAUCACAAGUUUAUCAAUACUUAGAUGGCGAGAGAAAGUUUAGUGAGAUAACCAAAAUGCUCUAGGGAAUGGAACCGAAGUCAUAUUGCCUGAGGCUGAUCUUUUGUGUAACACUUGGUAAUACUGUACUAAAGGCCGCUGUGUACCUGCCAUUCUUAACUUGUUUGUGCUUUGGAUUUUUUCUGAAAACUUAAUUACAAAUAAUGUAUCCUCCUGUGUAUCAAUUUUAGUCUAUUUAUAAUUUGCUUAAAGUUUCUUAUGUUCAGAUUAGGGUAACUUUUGAGUCACACUGUAACUGUUCAUUAGUUUUUGCUAGGAGUCACGGCUUGUGAUACUUUUGUAUGGUGUAGACGUGUGGUUAAAUGUACCAUUAGGAUUGAGAUUCAGCCCUAACAGAUACCAGUCCUGAUGGUUAGGGCUGGGCCUAUGUAUCUGAGCAGGAGUGUUUGACCUGUAAGUUUUACUAUUGUGCAGCUUCUUUUGUUUUUCAGUGGCAGGACAUUUUUGCAAUUUUAGAGUAUCCUGUAACUGUCAUUAAUAAACAGUAUAUACAGCAUAUAACAACCUACUUAAUUACUGUAGUGUACUGUAGUUGGUCUUUUGUAAAUUUGGUUAUGCAGUACACUGUAACAGUGUCCUGUACUAUGAGAAGGAUAUGUUCUUAAAUUCAUGACCACCUUGAAGUAUCAUAUUCAUAUACAGUACAGCAACCAGGGUUUUUAUUUUAUCAGGGAAAUUAGAAGAAAAUAUUGGAAUUUGAAUGUUGUUCUUGGUUGAGAAUAGUGUAGGCCUUUGAAUAUGGUGAAACCUCUAUUUAAUGGACUAUAUGGAGAAGAAUGUCCAUUGUAUUGAGGGUUCAUUUGAUGUGAAACCUCCAUCUAACAGAUUAUUGGAAAGAGAAGUCUGUUAUGUGGAGGUUUCACUUUACUGUGUGUAGGGAAACGUGAAGAUUUUUAAACAUUGUGUACAGAUUUUGUAGUCAGUGAUGGACUUGAGUAAAUACCUUAUAUUGAUAUUUAUAAAACUUAGGAUGAUCGUGAAAAAUGGGUCUUUCAUCUUUAAAUGUGGUAAACAAACAAUUUCUGGCUGUAGUUGAGAUCAUGAAAAAUACUUCAAUUUCCUAGAGAAACAACUGGAAAAGAACUGAAAUAUGAACUUGGCUUUAUUGUGGGAAUCUAUGUACAGUAUGUGGCUAAGAUUGUGUGUGGGAUCAUCAGUUUCUCUCUUUUUCUUUAGGAGUGUCAUGGAAAGUGAAGUAAUGUAAGAACAAAGACCAAGUGAUAUUACUGUAUAUGAAUUGAGAAAAAAGGUUUUUAGAUAUUUUCAAUUAAUGUCACUAAUGAUUGACCUAUACAACUGUAGGAUUGUCUAGGAUGGUUGUUUAUCUAAAUGAGGAAGGGUGAAGUGGUAGGAACUUGUACUUGGGAAAGUCAGUGUUCCAUAUGAGUUAAGUUGUGUAGAAUGAAUUAAAAAAGAUAAAAUGUAGAUUUCUGAAGACAUACUGUACGUUACCUAAAAUAUAAGAUAAAAUGUUAAUGCCAGUUCAUUUAUAUAAAGUAUUGUCUGACUUAACCCUGUUGAAUGCCUUCAAAAACUAAAAAAAUUAUUCUUUGGUAAAUUAAUUUUGUGUACAAUCUUGGUAAUAAGAAUGCAGCACUAACUACUGAAUGUGGUCAGAUACUAUAAGGAGUUAUUUGUAAAUUGAGUUCACAUUGUCCCUGUUUUAAUUAUUCCUUUGUGUGAUUUGGUUAUUAACGUUUGUGAUGGAAGUGUGACCACACUAAAACAUAUUGUGAGCAUUGUUGUGGCAUGUUUGGAUUGAUAUGUUAAUUUCUUGUGGGGGAAAAUAAUUAUUUCACAGUUUGUUAACCCUCAUCUAUACCACAAAUUGAAGAUGUGUAACAGUUAUACCACAGUACAGUAAUGUGUUAAUACCAUGGUUUUUGGUUUAUUGUAUUAAUGGUAUAGUUUUGACCUGUGUUCAUUUGGCUAAUUAGUUGAGUGUGUGCACCAGUUUUGUCUUGUUUGAACCUCAUCCAGUUUUUGUUCAGGAAAUCAAACUGUAGAUGCUAAACAUUUUUAGCAACACUGUGUCAUAGCACUGUAAAUGAUGUAACAUGGCGAAAAGCCACAACUGAUAACUUCAUAAAUCUCAUGCACUUUACCUAUAUAUUUGGGACUUCAAUAAUGAGACUGUUUAUCAUAUGGGACCUCUUGAGCCAGAGUUUACUAUUAUCCAGCUUGAGUCUUAAAGAGUCUUAUUGAUCCUGGAUCAGUUAUCUAGGAUGUUAAAUAUCUGGACUUCUGUGUGACAAAUUGUGAAAUGAAUAAAAGCAAAUGUAACUAUGAUUUAAAUGGAGUCUAGUCUCGUGCCUUAUAAAAUUUCAUGAAAGUUUAAAGUCCAGGUUUGCCAAUCCUCUGAUCAUCGGAGUUUGGCUGAAGGAAUGUGGAGGAGUGUGUGGGAUUAUCGUCCACAGCUUCUUGUACACCAUGUCUCAAUUGGGUUGUGUUAUCCUGGUGAGGUUACCAAAGCAGUCUUGCCAGUAUUGUAGAACAAAAAGAAAGCAGUAUUUUUAUAGUAUUAGAAAUAAAUGAAAUAAAUA